AAAGUUUUGUGAUUCGCAAAGAAGAAACAGCAGCAGUAGAAACCCUAGAACGUUUUUUCUUCUUUGCCUGCGAAUCAAAUCAAAUACACAUACAAACAUAUCUACGGAGGGAGUAUUAAUUUGGUGAGCGACUGCUUCUUUGUGUGCGUGUGUGUGUGUGUGUGUUUGAAGUUUGGUGAGAUGGGGAAGAAGAAGAAAAGAGUUUCAUCAGACGUUUGGUGUUAUUAUUGCGACAGAGAAUUCGACGAUGAGAAGAUCUUGGUUCAGCACCAGAAGGCGAAGCAUUUCAAGUGCCAUGUCUGCCAUAAAAAGCUUUCAACCGCCGGUGGUAUGGCCAUCCAUGUCCUGCAGGUUCAUAAAGAAACUGUCUCCAAGGUUCCAAAUGCUAAAGAGGGCAGAGAAUCAACAGAUAUUGAAAUUUAUGGCAUGCAGGGGAUCCCACCAGAUGUAUUGGCAGCUCAUUAUGGUGAUGAAGAUAAUGACAACCCGACAAAAGUUGGAAAAAUGGAGAUUCCUUCUUCUCAUGUUGGGUUGAUUCCAGGAUCUUUAGGGUAUCCUCCAGCAACAAUGCAGUCUAUUUACAACCCUGGAAUAGGUCGUGGUGGUUGGGCGGUGGCACCUCGGCCACAGCCAUGGUUUCAACAGAAUUCAGUUGGCUCAAUUCCUUCAAUGGUGGUGCAACAACAACAACAACAGCAGCAGCCUUUAUUUCCUGUUCAAACUAUGAGGGCUCCUAUCUCAUCAUCAUCAGGGGUACAAUUGUCAUUUCCAGUUGCUCCUCCUGGAUCCUCCACACCUUCUGUUCUUGUAUCUCAGCCUUUGUUUCCUGUUGUUGCUGCUCAAACCUCACCAUAUUCUGCUGCCACCAUUCCUCCAUUGACUUCUUCUCCUUUAGAUUUAAACAACACAACCGAUUUGCAUGGAGGACUUAAUAUGAAUAUGCCAAGGGGAUAUCAUAAUCCUGCUUUUCAAGGUGGGGCAGCGGUUACUUCACAUUCUUAUGCUUCCGGGCCCAAUACAGGUGGGCCUUCAAUUGGGCCGCCACCUGUCAUUGCAAAUAAAGCUCCUGUUAUUCAACCACCAACAAAUGAAGUCUACUUAGUCUGGGAUGAUGAAGCCAUGUCCAUGGAGGAAAGAAGAAUGUCUUUACCAAAGUAUCAGGUUCAUGAUGAAACAAGCCAGAUGAGCUCAAUUGAUGCGGCUAUUGAUAGGAGGAUUUCAGAAGGUAGGCUUGCUGGUAGAAUGGCCUUCUAGAAGCUUUGUUAUCAAGAAAGAAAGAAAGAAAGAAAGAGAGAAUUUGCAAAUGGUGAUUAUGUUCUUGUUAUUGGAAUCAAAGAGAAAAAAAAAGGAAAGCUUGUUGCUAUUUAGAAAGUGUAUUAAGGGAUAAAUGAUGUUUAAAGUUUUUUCUUUUUUUUUUUUAUUUUUUUUUUAAUGUUAAUCAGGAGUGAUGAGUUGGAAGUGAAUUUUUUUUAGGUGUUUGGAAUGGGAAAAUUUGUUAUAGUUGAAGCAUGGGUUCAAAGACAUGUAGUUUUAAAUAGAGAUUAGUUUUUAUAUA